GAAAGAGCCAGAGAGCGGAUCAGCUUUUAUAGCGGGGGAGUUUGUUGCAUCAGCUGAGUUUGGAUUUGGGGGCGGGGCUUGGAGCUCUAGAAAGUUCCCGAGAUUUCUCACGCAAUAUUUCAACCAGGUAACACCAGUGGGGAUAGGUUUGUGGAAAAACAUUGCCUCUCUAUUCUACUAUCUGCCUCCAAGCAAGAUGGCGGCGAUGACGCGAUCCGAGCAGGUCCAGACCUGCGACGUGAGCCCUGCCUUCCUCACGGUCAAACAGGAAGUUGUAUUUGCCGGUGACGACACUUUACGGAGAAAUGUCUGGAAUUGUCCAGACUGAUAACUACGGCUAUAAAUGUAACUGAAGCACAGCUUGACACACAAGAACAAGAUCCAGAAGUGAAGAGUCACAAGAACUCCACAAGCUGCAGAGAUAGCUACUCACAGAGCGCUUUUAAGUAGACGAGCAUCUUGACAGUCAAACAAAGAAAAUGGACUCAGCGAAAGGCGUCGCCAUCGGCAUCGACCUAGGCACUACGUACUCCUGCGUGGGUGUUUUCCAGCACGGGAAAGUAGAGAUCAUCGCCAACGACCAGGGAAAUAGGACCACACCCAGCUAUGUGGCGUUCACCGACACCGAGAGGCUCAUUGGUGACGCCGCCAAGAACCAGGUGGCAUUGAACCCCAGCAACACGGUGUUUGAUGCCAAGCGGCUGAUCGGAAGGAGGUUUGAUGAUCCGGUGGUGCAAGCAGACAGGAAGCACUGGCCAUUCAAGGUAGUCUCUGAUGGAGGGAAGGCCAAAAUUCAGGUGCAACACAAAGGGGAGGACAAGGCCUUCUACCCAGAGGAGAUCUCCUCCAUGGUGCUGGUUAAAAUGAAGGAGACGGCCGAAGCCUACCUGGGUCACCAGGUGUCCAGCGCCGUGGUGACCGUCCCCGCCUAUUUUAACGACUCCCAGCGCCAGGCCACCAAAGACGCAGGCGUCAUCGCUGGCCUCAACAUCCUGAGGAUCAUCAACGAGCCCACAGCGGCCGCCAUCGCCUACGGUCUGGACAAAGGCAAGUCAGGAGAACGCAACGUCCUCAUCUUUGACCUGGGUGGGGGCACAUUCGAUGUGUCCAUCCUCACCAUCGACGGCGGAAUCUUCGAGGUCAAAGCCACCGCCGGAGACACACAUUUGGGUGGAGAGGACUUUGAUAAUCGCAUGGUGGAGCAUUUUGUGGCUGAGUUCAAGAGGAAGCACAAGAAGGACAUCAGCCAGAGCAAGAGGGCAUUGAGGAGGCUGCGGACUGCCUGUGAGAGGGCCAAAAGGACGCUGUCCUCCAGUUCCCAGGCCAACAUCGAGAUCGACUCCCUCUUUGAGGGCAUCGACUUCUACACCUCCAUCACCAGAGCUCGCUUUGAGGACCUGUGCUCCGACCUAUUCAGGGGAACUCUCGAGCCAGUGGAGAAAGCCCUGAGUGAUGCAAAGAUGGAUAAGGGUCGCAUCCACGAUGUGGUCCUGGUCGGCGGCUCCACGCGGAUCCCCAGAAUCCAGAAGAUCCUGCAGGACUUCUUCAAUGGCAGGGAGCUUAACAAGAGCAUUAACCCAGACGAGGCGGUGGCUUACGGCGCCGCUGUGCAGGCCGCCAUCCUUACCGGGGACACCUCGAGCAACGUCCAAGACUUGCUACUGCUGGACGUGACUCCUCUUUCGUUAGGCAUCGAGACCGCCGGAGGAGUCAUGACGCCGCUCAUCAAACGCAACACCACCAUUCCAACCAAGCAGAGUCAGAUCUUCAGCACCUACUCCGACAACCAGCCCGGUGUCCUUAUCCAGGUCUUGGAAGGUGAGAGGGCCAUGACCAAGGACAACAACCUGUUGGGUAGAUUUGAGCUGAUUGGAAUACCUCCAGCUCCGCGAGGCGUACCGCAGAUCGAGGUCACCUUCGACGUGGACGCUAAUGGGAUCUUAAACGUGUCAGCAGUUGACAAAAGCUCCGGCAAGGAGAACAAAAUCACCAUCACCAACGACAAAGGCCGUCUGAGCAGAGAAGAGAUCGAGAAGAUGGUGGACGACGCCCAAAAGUAUAAAGCUGAGGAUGAACUGCAGCGGGAUAAGAUCACCGCUAAGAACGCUCUGGAGUCGUACGCCUUUAACGUGAAGAGCAGCGUGCAGGACGAGAAGCUGGCUGCCAAGUUGAGCGAGGAGGACAAGAAGACGCUGAUGGACAAGUGUGAGCAGACCCUCAACUGGUUGGAGAGCAACCAGCUGGCUGAGAAAGAUGAGUUCCAGCACAAACAAAAGGAGCUGGAACGGGUGUGCCAGCCAAUCAUGACCAAGUUAUAUCAAGGGGCGGGACCUAUGGGAGGCUCUGGGGCGCAAACCCGGGGUGGUACCCAAGGUCCUACCAUUGAAGAGGUGGACUGAUGUCAUUCCUUGCAGCUCAUAGGGGAAAAUUAAUUUUAAAAUUUUACUAUAAAAAUGUUCAAACUAUCACGGUGUAAUUUUGUCAUGUAGAUAAAUGAAACGUUAUACAAGUGUGUCCAUAGAACAAUGUAUUUGUUUGUGUCUAUGUAUCAGUGCAUCGAUGAAUUAUUCCAUCCAUUAUGUUAACUGGAAUGUAUUUUUUUCAAAAUUGUCAAAUGUCUUGAAGA